AUGUUUACAGGUAAAAAAACAUUAAGUUUAAGUCAUUUCAAAUCAAGUAUGGGACAGAAACAAGCAGUUGCAUCUAGCUGGACAAUAGAUGACUUGGCAUUUGGAACGGGUCAAAAUGCUGUACAAAUUGAAGACGUUAUUGGUGAAGUGCAAAAAAUACCAGGAAAAAUGUUUGGUGGUAAAGCUAUUGAAAAUGAUGCAACAAUUAAUCGAAUGCAAACUGAUCUUUUAUCAUUUGAUGAUACACUUCGACGAAUUUUUCGACGAAAAAAAAGUAAACGCUCAAAGCGAGAAGAACCUCCACAGGAGUCUUAUCAAGACGAACAAUCUUACCCUGACAGCGAACAAUAUUACAAAACUGAUGGGCAAUAUUAUGCUCAAGAUGAAGAAUACUAUGAUCAAGAUGGACGAUAUUAUGCAGAACAUCAAAAAUAUUAUGAUCAAAAUCAACAAGCAAUACCGGAAGAAGAUGAAACUCAACUUUCACCAAUUUAUUCCGAAAAUAAUCCAAAAACAAUAAAUAAGGAUGCCGAUACGGAUAAAAAUCUUCCAUGGAGAUGCAGAUAUUGUACUGCAGAAAACAAAUCAACUGAUAUUGAUUGUCUUCAAUGUAAACAAAGCGAGGCAACAUUUUAA